UUGUAAUAUGGCGGCAAGCAAACGAGUCUUGUAUGUUGGUGGGCUGGCAGAGGAAGUGGACGAGAAAGUGUUGCAUGCUGCUUUUAUCCCCUUCGGAGACAUCACAGAUAUCCAAAUACCAUUAGACUAUGAGACAGAAAAACACAGAGGAUUUGCAUUUGUUGAGUUUGAGCUGGCAGAGGAUGCUGCAGCUGCUAUUGAUAACAUGAAUGAAUCUGAGCUUUUCGGUCGGACAGUACGCGUCAACAUCGCCAAGCCGAUGAGAAUCAAAGAAGGAUCCUCUCGACCAGUGUGGUCGGAUGAUGACUGGCUGAAGAAGUUCUCGGGGAAGACUUUAGAAGAAGCUGAGGUGGACGCGGCGGGAGAAACAGGCACCACUGCUGCACAAGAGGCUGAGCCCCCUGCUAAAAAGGGCAGAAUUAAUCCGCAGGUUUACAUGGACAUCAAGAUCGGCAACAAACCUGCAGGGAGACUUCGCUUCCUCCUUCGGGCCGACAUUGUUCCCAUGACAGCAGAAAAUUUCCGCUGUUUAUGCACACACGAAAAAGGAUUUGGCUACAAAGGGAGCAGCUUUCAUCGCAUCAUUCCCCAGUUCAUGUGCCAAGGAGGUGACUUCACCAACCACAACGGCACUGGUGGCAAGUCCAUAUAUGGCCGUAAAUUCGAUGAUGAAAACUUUGUCCUCAAACACACUGCUCCAGGGCAGCUCUCCAUGGCCAACUCUGGAACCAACACUAACGGCUCUCAAUUCUUCAUCGCCACUGACAAAACAGACUGGCUGGAUGGCAAACAUGUGGUGUUCGGAGAGCUGGUGGAGGGGAUGGAUGUGCUUCGUGCAAUGGAGGCCCAAGGGACCAAAGAUGGCAAGGCGAAGCAGAAAGUCAUCAUCUCAGACUGUGGCGAAUGUGUGUAAAUGAAACAGAACUUUGUGUGCCUGUUUGAAUUUGUCUGUGAAUGGUGCCAUCCUUUACACGUUGAGCCCAAAUCUUUCGGCAUGUAAAUAUUUCAGUAAACUUUUUUUUUUUUUUAAA